AUCUCUUUUUUUUUUUUUCUGUUUUUUCUUUUUCAAAAUUUCGAGCUUCGGUUUCUCUCUUCUAUAAGUAUUUUCAGUUCUAUGGCCGUUUGUUACUAAGUUCUGUCUCCUCCUUCCCAGGAACCCGACAGACAGACGGUCGUGAUUUCUCCCCCAACGAUCAUCUUCAACCCAAUAUGAUCAACGCUUCUUUUUCCUCUCUCUGAGUAAAAGAGAAAUGCGUCCGUCUGUGCGAAAUAAGGCUUCACACUCUUCUUACUCAGUUACUUCUCCGGCCAGAGUCGCCGGCUGUUGCCUACUAUAACUUAUUGGUUCGAUACCCUCCAGCAUCAUCAGUUUAUCUCUUAUCUGGCUUCACUCCUUUUUUUUAUUUUGCUUUCGAUCGUAUUUCUUCUCGUGUCUGUUCGAUCGUCUCUCUGACUUGAAUUUUUGUGCGCCCACCGAACUCUGUUUUUUUUGUAUAUGUAUUUCUCAAUUGUUAAGUUUAUUGUCUGGAAUAGUCCUCUAAAUGCGCUGUAGAAGGAUAGAAGUAACAGAGAUUUCUGGGUGUCGAAGAGCUAAUGUUCCUUAGACGCCUCUCUGCUUUACCUGCUCUGGCUCUUCUUCAUCAGAUACACAUAUAAACACCCUUUCGGAGUUUUCUUGGCUUAAGGACGCAAGAUCAAUCGAAGAAGGAAAGAGACAAAGUACAAGUAAACCACAUAAAUUGUUGACGAAUUGGAAGCCGUGAUGUUGGAUCUUAACGUUGUUUCCGCUGAUUCGACCUGCGAUGGAGAUAGGGUGAUGAUUGGCAAGCUUCCGGUGGUUUCCGGCGGCCAAAUGGACGAUUCCGGCUCCUCGAAUUCCUCCGUUGUCAAUGCUGAUGCUUCGAGUAACGGAGGAGAUGAUGAUUCCUGUUCAAUUCACGACAGGCGUCCUGGCGGCGGCGAUCUCUUCGCCUUCAGCUUUGAUAUUCUGAAAAAAGAGGCUGCUGCCGAUGAGGACGACGACGACGAAGGUGAAUCAGAGAACGGUAAUAUGACGUUGCCGAGUGGUUUCGUUACGAGGCAGCUCUUCCCGGUCACAGCGGACGGAGGACGAGGAGUAGCUGCUGGGGAUGCUGGCUCCCGUUUAGGGCCGUCUUCCUCUUCCUCUUCUCGGCCGCAUUGGGUGGAUCUGUCAUUCUGCCAACCGGACACCGGUGGCCAGCCGGGGAUGAAGGUCUUGCACCAGCAGCAGCAACCGCAGGUCAAGAAGAGUCGUCGUGGGCCCAGGUCUCGAAGUUCUCAGUAUCGGGGAGUUACAUUUUAUCGGAGGACUGGGAGAUGGGAGUCCCAUAUCUGGGAUUGCGGAAAACAAGUGUAUCUGGGUGGAUUUGAUACUGCGCACGCUGCUGCGAGGGCAUACGAUCGAGCUGCUAUCAAAUUCCGUGGAGUUGAUGCGGAUAUCAAUUUUACUCUCAGCGAUUACGACGAAGAUCUGAAACAGAUGAGGAACCUUACCAAGGAAGAAUUUGUGCAUAUUCUUCGACGCCAAAGCACCGGAUUUUCAAGAGGAAGCUCAAAAUACAGAGGGGUGACGUUGCAUAAAUGUGGUCGGUGGGAAGCUCGAAUGGGGCAGUUCCUUGGGAAGAAGUAUAUAUAUCUUGGGCUAUUCGACAGCGAAAUAGAAGCCGCAAGGGCUUAUGACAAGGCAGCUAUCAAGUGCAAUGGAAGGGAAGCAGUGACCAACUUCGAGCCCAGCACCUAUGAAGGAGAGAUAUCCUCUGACGCUGAUAAUGGAGGCAACGGUCACAUUCUUGAUCUGAACUUAGGUAUAUCUCCCCCAUCUUUUAUGGAUGGCCCUAAGGGGAAUGAAAGUGUGGGGGGAUUCUGUCUUCAUUGUGAGCCUGGUGACAUUCCUGACACAAGGAGAACAAGGAUGGAGAACCUUCCUUCAGCGACAGUGGGUGGUCAAGCCUCGCAUGGCCCAGCGAUGGCAUCAGAGAACCCUCCCAUCUUGACUGGUGUAUGUCCUAGUUACUUUCCCAAUCAUGAGGAAAGAAUGGCAGAGAAGAGGGCCGAAGUAGGAUCGCUUGGACUCUCCAACUGGGCAUGGCAAAUGCACGGCCACAGCGGAGGCACUGCAACCCCAAUGCCACUGUUUUCUACUGCAGCAUCAUCAGGAUUCUCAUCUUCUACAGCCAAUGCUUCAUCAGCUGCCCUUCCUCCACCACCCCCUUUGAAUACAUCCCACCAACACUAUUAUCCUCCUAAUCCCACAAAUCCCAUGGCCAACACGUCUCACUUCUUUUAUUACAGGAGCUGAAAACAACAGACAUAGUCCGUCUGCUCAGACAUAGGUGGAUGGGCAAACAAAACAAACUCGAGCAUGUUAGUUUUUUUUUUUAUUUUUUUUAAUUGAUUCACGAAUGUUUUUUUUAUAUUAAUACAAUUAUUAUACAUGCCCAAUUAAGACCAAGAUCUGGCAUGUAACUUAAUUCCUUGACAAAUUGGUCUCUUCUUGAUUCAUAUGCUCUUAAUCUUUA